CUGUUCCCAUCACAGCCCACUAUUCGUCCCUGCUUUGUUCUAUUCGGAACCUAACUCCGCGGCAUCGCGGCAAGUCGGAAUUAUUUCAGUUUGACACUACGUUAUAGAUGUGUCAAAAACAGGAAGAAAUAUUUUACGGAUUUGUUAGGUUCAUUAAUGAGCUACAAGUUAUAUUUUGUGGAGAAUAGGAGACACGUGACACAAGGAAUGCCAGCCAGAUUCAGUGUUAGCUUUCAUAUCACUUGGAGAUUUCACUAAUACUCAUGACUAGAUUUCUCUCUCACUGUUCCAAGCUUCCAGCCCCAGUAGAAAGUUGUAGUGUCCUAGAAUGGCAGCUGGCACUCAGUGUAAGCAGAACCCUCCUACAUUACUGAGUUUCUUCAUCUAUAAUCCAAAGUUUGGACCGAAGGAAGGAGAAGAAGAAAAGAAGAUUUUGUUUUAUUAUCCAAAUGAACAGGAAAAGAAUGAAAAAAUCAGAAAUGUGGGUUUAUGUGAAGCUAUUGUCCAAUUUACAAGAACGUUUUGCCCUACAAAACCUGCCAAGUCCUUACAUACACAGAAGAACAGACAAUUUUUCCAUGAACCUGAAGAGAAUUUUUGGAUGGUGAUGGUUGUACGGAACCCAAUGAUCGAAAAACAAAGCAAAGAUGGGAAGCCAGUAGCAGAGUAUCAAGAAGACGAAAUCUUGGAUACAGUGUAUAAUGCAGUGCUGCAGCAGUGUUACAGCAUGUAUAAGCUUUUCAAUGGGACAUUUUUGAAAGCGAUAGAAAUGGGUGGAGCGGAAAUUCUAAAGCAGAGGCUUGAAAAGUUUUUCUUCCGGUAUUUACAAACACUGCACUUACAGCACUGUGAUCUGCUCGAUGUUUUUGGUGGAAUCAGCUUCUUCCCAUUGGACAAGAUGACAUACCUGAAGAUACAGUCCUUUAUCAACCAAAUGGAAGAAAGCCUUGGCCUUGUUAAGUACACUGCAUUUCUGUACAACGAUCAGCUGAUCUGGAGUGGAUUAGAACAAGAAGAUAUGAGGACUUUGUACAAGUAUCUCACAACAUCCUUGUUUCCACGACAUUCAGAGUCAGAGCUGUCAGGACGAGAUCCGCCAGUACGGAUGCCGAUAUCUGGAAGCCUUCAGCAUUAUGGAAGGUUUCUUACUGGACCAUUGAAUCCUCAUGAUCCUGAAGCGAAGUGUAGAUUUCCCAAAAUAUUUGUAAAUACUAACGAUGCCUAUGAAGAACUUAACUUAAUUGUUUACAAGGCCAUGACUGCAGUUGUGUGUUUUAUGACAGAUGCCUCUAUAGAACUGACUAAAGAAUUCUGCUGCGAACUGGACAGACUUGUUGGACCCCAGCUCACGAUGUUGGCUUCAGACAUAUGUGAACAGUACAACAUCAGCAGAAGGAUAGCAGGACCUGAAAAAGAGCCUCAGUUUAAGUUUAUUUAUUUUAACCAUAUGAACUUGGCUGAGAAAAGCACGAUACAUAUGCGGAAAACGCCAAGCUUGUCAUUGACGUCUAUAGCACCAGACUUAUUGAAAAUUCUUGGUGACAUUAACAGUGAUUUUGCAAGAGUGGAUGAUGAUGAAGAAAUUAUAGUCAAAGCAAUGAGCGACUUCUGGGUUGUUGGUAAGAAGUCUGAUCAGCGGGAGCUUUAUGUUAUUUUGAACCAGAAGAAUGCAAAUCUGAUUGAAGUCAAUGAUGAAGUAAAGAAACUUUGUGCAACACAGUUCAGCAAUAUAUUCUUUCUGGAUUAAUCUGUGAAUCAAGAUGAUGCAGGGGACUUCACUAACAACGCAAAAGCUCUGAUUUUGUAUUACUGAAAAGUGUAUACAUCAGUCAUGCUGGGGAAAUAGCAUUAGUAAGGCAAUACUUGCCAAGAGUUUGGAAAGGGGAACUUAAUCCUUUGUAAUAAAAUUAAAUAUAAUCACAAUGAUGAUAAAUUUUUUAAAUUUUAAAUAUUUAUGUUGAAAUAUUUUGAAUGGACUACAGACUUACCAUUCCAUUUCGCUAAGGCAAUAUAAUGUGAAUAUUUUACUGUAAAAAAAUAAAUAAACCAUUGCCACUUGUA